AGAGAUAUAUAGUAAUCUCAGAGUAGAUAUAGAUCAGUUCAGGUAUAAAGAUAUAUAAUAAUCUCAGAGUAGAUAUAGAUCAGUUCAGGUAUAAAGAUAUAUAAUAAUCUCAGAGUAGAUAUAGAUCAGUUCAGGUAUAAAGAUAUAUAAUAAUCUCAGAGUAGAUAUAGAUCAGUUCAGGAUGGACCUGAGUAUGCUACUGGAGCGUGUAGAGGAUCCUGUGUAUGAUCGGGAUGAGGUUGUAAAUCUUGAACCUGGUUCUCAGAGUACACUAGAAAACAGGAUUCAAACACUCAAGGAGGGUAUGUCUGAGUUGUCCACCUUCAAAACAACGUUGUUCCAGUUAAACUUGUCAGUUCACAACCUACUGGCGGAGAUAUCAACGAGGUCCCCUAGGUUUCCCGGCCCAGCUACAACCUCCUCCCGGCUCAACCAACCAGAUCUACCUCAGGGAGGACUGCUGCAGGCUAAAGAACUUCAGGGACAAGUUGUUCAUCUCUAUACUCUGUGGGAUAAUGCACAUCAUAAGAUUGCUGGGGGGCUCUCCAGAACACAAGACUCCCUAAGAAGAUUGAGUAGUUUUGAAACUGAACUCCUGGAGCUUAGAGCAUCACUCAGCAAAGACGUAGCAAACCUCAAGAAGAGCAGACGACGACGAAGUAAACAUUCUUCCUCAGGAGAUUCUGGGAUCAGUGAUAGCUAUGAGGUUUCAGAGCAGGAUAUACCGGCCAGAGAAGAGAAAUUUAACAGAUUACGGUUGCUUGCCGUUAGCCUCGAGGAAACUUUACCUCCAGAUUGUGAAGCUCUUCAGCUCAUAACAUCAACACUACAUUCAACCCAGGUGGAGCUAAACCAGCUCAAGAGGGUGUAUAGAACACUCAGGAUAAAGAAGGGCCGGGUAGGAAGGCUGGAGGGGGUAAACGAACGAAAAGAGGCUGGGAAGGAGAAGAUGGAGGUUUGUAUCGAAGAUGGCAGAAUAAAGAAAAGUCCAAAGGUUGAUGCGUCACGGAUGAGAAGGGUUGGAAGGUUUGCUGUAAUAAUAAACCUACUUCUUCUCCUAGUCCUACUUAUAGCCUGGGUUAUGGAACCUAGGUGUUGCGAUACCUACUCAAAUCUUUCAUUUGGUCCACACCUUAGAUAUAUCAAUGGUCCACCUCCAAUAUAAUAUUGGUCCACACCUUAGAUAUAUCAAUGGUCCUCCUCCAAUAUAAUAUUGGUCCACACCUAAGAUAUAUCAAUGAUCCACCUCCAAUAUUGGUCCACACCUCAGAUAUAUCAAUGGUCCACCUCCAAUAUUGGUCCACACGUCAGUAGAUAUAUCAAUGGUCCACCUCCAAUAUUGGUCCACACGUCCUCAGAUAUGUCAAUGGUCCACCUCCAAUAAGAUUCAGAACACAUAUGUAUGGUCCAUUAAAAAAGCAUCAUUAAAGAUUAUGAUUAUUUCUACAAAAUUUAUCCCCAAAGAAGCCUAAAUUUCAUCCCACUGUAAAUAUUCCCACUAAAAUUUGCAAAUCUAAAACAUGUGUAUCUCUUCAUAUCAACAAAGAAAAACAUUAUUUAUAAAGUAUAAUCUAACUUUUUGAUUUAAAAAAUGAAAAAAUAAACUGCCUUGUGAAAGUAUUUCAGGGGUGAUUAAACCUCAAAGGAUUAAAACAAAAGUCAUUUGAAAUGCAAUUUAUUUCUAUUUAAGCUCAAAAGUCUAAAAGUGUUUCAAUGUCCAAAAAAAUAAACUAAUUUAUCGAGCGAAGGAAAUUUCGAACAUGUUAAUAUUAUUGUCAAAUGUUCUGUAUAUUUUAAAUCUAACCCCAGUGCUAAAAGUUAAAAUUUAGUAAAUUAUGAAUAUUAUAAGAAUAGUCUUCAACAUUUUUAUUUAUAACUCAAGUAGAAAAUUUAAAAUUUUAUAUUUAAAAAAACUGAAACCAAAAUGAUUUAACUGUUUUUACAGCUGUACCUGAAGUUCUGAACUGUUUCUUGUUAUUUAUAAAAAGUAAAUAUUUUCACUUUUUAAAUUACCACGUAAGGUAACUAGGAAUUUUCACAGACUUGUUAAUCAUGAAUAUCGUUUUUGAGCAAUUUUAGGAUGAGAAUUAUUUAGUGUACACUGUAAAAGUUUCUGCACUAUGUAUACAUAUGUUUACUUUCACACCUAGAAUUGAAAGCAAUGAUAUUUCUACCUAAGUUAUUGUCUGUUUGUGUUUAGUUACGUAGUAACUAUUCUUUUUACACUGGUUGCCUUAUGCAUGCCGCUAGUGAAAUGAUUUCCGUUAAAAUUUUAAAUUGUAAUGUACUGUUUAUUGUUUAGUGCUGUACAGUGUACAUAAAUAUUGUUAGCUGUACAGGGUUGAAUGAUCUAAAAUAAAUAGACACAAUUUUCUGUCAAUUGAUAUUUCAUAUAUCCUUGUACAGUAUAUGUACAUGAAUAAUGCAUAUAAGCAUGUACAUGAAUGUCUUUAUAUAUACAUAAAUAUAUACUAACUAUGUACAGCACUAUAAAGAAGCGUUAUGUUAUAAAACCGCCAGGAAUGGUUUACUGCCAAAAAAUUUGAAAUUAUAUAAAUUUUAAAGAUCCCCGAAUUUCUUUUAAACCACCCCCCCUGACAUCUGAGGUUUGUAAAGUGUAUAAAAAUAAAUACUACUUAUAUUAA